AAAUAAGCUGUUGUGCUGUUGAACAGAUUUAUCUCGAAACCAGACAGGCUGUUAUAUUAAUAGAGGAUGGCGGAGUCUUUGUCCAGUAGAGGUCAAGAUAUGCUGACACAGGGGACAUACAUCCAGCCAUUCUUUGCUCGGGUUAGACAGAACAGAUACCAUCCAGUGGACAACCCACGGGGUAUUGCCGAUCUUGGACUAGCAGAGAACAAGUUAUGUGAAGAUAUGUGGGAACAAAAGCUGGGUCCAGCGGUACUGGCACCAGAAGACGGCUCGCUGCUGUAUUACGAGAAAGCCACGGGAAACAUUGGUUUCAAGGAAACGAUGAAGAAGUUUAUAGAGAAGAGAUUCAAGGCCCGCCACCCAUUAAGUACCGACAACAUCUUUAUAACCAAUGGUGUAACAGUAGUACUGGAAGCUCUGGCAUUUGCUCUAGCGGAUCCUGGAGAUUUCAUCAUGGUGAUGUCCCCUUAUUACUACCGAAUCAAGAACGAUUUGUACGAAAGGCCAACAGUAAAUGUAUUAGAAGUUUUCAUUAGUUUAGAAUUACUUCAUCAAGGUCAAGGUGACAUUUCGGUUGUAUUUGAGAGUGUUUAUAGAAAAGCCAUCAGCGAGGGUAAACAGGUCAAGGCAGUUCUACUGGUCAACCCAUCGAACCCGUCUGGUCUUGUGAUGACGUCAGAUCAUCUCAUGCAGGUCCUGGACUUCGCCAACAGAUACAAGCUACACGUCAUCGCUAAUGAGAUCUAUGCUCAGUCGGUCUCUGACCCGGAUGUAAGAUUCACCAGUGUUUUGUCGCUUCCACUUCCGGACCCCGGGCGAGUCCACUUUACGUGGGGGGUGAGCAAGGAUCUGGGUCUGUCUGGAUACCGGUGUGGUGUGGUAUAUACGUGUAACCCGGGUCUGACCCAGUACCUGGGUCUUACAAGCAUCUAUUUCAGGUGUGCUGGGUUGAUUCAGCAUAGGCUGAAUCAGGUGUUAGGAGAUGAUGAUUGGCUGGACAAUGUAUUGUUUCCUACAAUGCGCAGACGAAUGCGCGAACGUUUCACAAAGACCCGCGACAUGCUGACGUCAUACGGGGUAGAGGUGUUUCCCACCCCGGCGACCAUAUUUAUGUGGGCCAAUUUCUCGCAGUUUUUGUCUGACAACAGUUUUGAGGCUGAGAGAGAUUUGUUUGGAAAGUUCUUGGACGGUGGUGUGUUCUUUUUACCUGGGCAGUCGUGCUACUCACCUGAGCCCGGCUGGUUUAGACUGGUGUUGUCUUUAGAUGCCCAGGUGCACGAGGAAGGCUUUGUACGGCUCAAACAAGUUCUAAAAGAAAUUAAACCGUCAAUUCAAGCUUGAAGAUUAGAGGACGGCUAUAGUUUUAUUCAGCCUAAAUGAACUUUUUUUUUUGAGAAUUCCACUCAUACUUUUAACUUGAUUAUUCAGAAUAGAUUCCCUCAGCUAAAUCGAAACUUGACAUUUCAGCUACGAUAAAAACAAAAUAACUAACAUCAAUAAUUAUAAUACAGAAUUCGAUAAACAAUUAUUGUAAAAUUUAAACAAAAUGAUUUAAUUCAGUCUUGUUAAACGCAAGCAUUGUAGCGUUAAUAACAAGUUAAUAUAUUAAUUUCUAUGGAACACUUUUUUAACGUAUAAAAAAUUAAAGUAAUUGAUGUGUUCAAAAUUUAUGUUUUUGAAUAUCAAUAUGUGGUUUAUUUUCACAUGCAUAUCUAAAAAAUUGUGUUGUAUUUGUAAAUUAUGUUAUUAUACUGUGUAUUAUACCUAGAUUUGCGUUUAAUGUAUGACCAUACAUGUAAGUUAUAUUAAUGACCACUGUUUUAACUAAAAACCUCUAACUUUGUUUGUUAAUUAUGUGUUAAUAAAUAAUAUUCUCGACACUUUAA